AUGGAUGAGGUAGAAGUCGCGGUGAGCGCGUGCACGGUGAAGGAGGCCAAAUGCUCGACGUGUAAAACUGGUUACAGUGACGUCGUGCUUUUACAAGCAUUCGAUUGGUUGUCGACGAAGCGUUCGUUACACAGCGACAAGUCUUACUAUCGCAGAAUUGAGGAUCGAGUGCCGAUGAUAGCGGAUUUCGGGUUUACGCACGUUUGGUUGCCUCCACCGUCGUUAUCGGUAGACGAGCACGGUUACAUGCCAUCGGAAAUUUACAACUUGGACGGUAGCGAGUACGGCGAUGAAGCGGAGCUUAAAUCGUUGGUACAGGCUCUGAAAAAAGCCGGAAUAGUAGCCGUGUGCGACAUCGUCAUCAACCAUCGUUGCGCUGAGUACGCUUCGGAUGGCCGCUUCAUCUCGUUUGCGGACGAAGUAACGCCGAGCGGGAGACGAAUAAAUUGGGGAGCUUACGCCAUCGUCGGCGACGAUCCAUUUUUUCGCGAAGGUCAAGGAGCCAACGAUAGUGGCGACUCGAUCGAAAUCGCCCCUGAUCUCGACCACACAAACGCCGAGAUUCGCGAAGCGAUCAUCGAGUGGUUGAACUGGUUGAAAGAUGACAUCGGUUUCAGCGGAUGGAGGUUCGAUUUCGUCCAAGGCUACGCUCCGAAUUUCGUGAGAGAGUAUGUGGAGAAAACGGUUGGAUUUGAGCAAUUCUGCGUCGGCGAGAACUGGGUCGGGAUGACGUGGUCGGGAAGCUUUCUCGAGUACAAUCAAGACAAGCCGAGACGCGUGCUCGUGGAUUGGUUGAACGCCGCAGACGAAUGCGCGGCGUUGUUCGACUUCGUGACCAAGGGAAUUCUACAAGAAGCAGUCAAGCGAGUAGAGUUUUGGCGGCUACGAGACCAGCAAGGCGGCAUGCCUGGGCUUGCCGGCUGGGUACCGCAAAGUGCUGUGACAUUUCUCGACAACCACGAUACCGGAUACCCGCAGAAUCACUGGCCGUUUCCACUCGAUCGUCUCGGUUUGGGUUACGCGUACACGCUUCUGCAUCCCGGCAUUCCCUGCGUGUUUGGCCCGCACAUUUGGUGCUGCGACGAAAACUUGGAAAUUCGAGCUUUGUUGAGCUGCCGUAAGCUCGCCAACGUGUGCUGCGAGAGCAGAGUUGACAUCAAAAUCGCCGAGAGCGAUUUAUACGUCGCGGUCAUCGAUGACAAAAUCAUCGUCAAGCUAGGGCCGAGAUACGACGUUCCGGGUGAAAUACUCGCUCAAAUCGCAGAGUUCGAGCUCGCAACGCACGGCGACGAUUACGCGGUGUGGAUUCGAAAAGAGUUACUCGAACAACCGUUCGAGGAGUGA